CCAAUUCCCAGUAAGGACCAGAGAAGGGAAUGCAACGUUACAGUAGCUAACUAUUCCCAGUAAGAACCAGCGGUGAGAGUGUAACGUUACAGUAGCUAGCUAACUAUUCCCAGUAAGAAGCAGAGAAUGGAAUGCAACGUUACAGUAGCUAGCUAGCUAAUUAUUCCCAGUAAGGACCAGAGGAGGGAGUGGAAUGCUGCUCAGUGCGGACUGGACCACAGGAGGAAAGAGUCACCCAGUAGCUCAAGUUAGCUGGCUAACUUGCUGCUAGCUAAUCUAAAGCUUAAAAUGUUUACUUUCCGCGCUUUGCAAACUCAACGGGAUGGUUGCAGAGCCGAAGGGUUAUACCAUGACAUUUGUUGUUGAUGUUUCCGAGCCUUGAGUUAUGCUCUCACGAAAGAAAAGUAAAAACGAAGCGUCGAAACCAGCCGAGGUACACGGGAAAUAUGUGAAGAAGGAAACGUCGCCGCUCCUGGGAACUCUUAUGCCUUCGUUCAUCCGUCAUGGACCCACUAUUCCCAGACGCACAGAGGUCCCUCUGCCAGAUAUGGGGCCCUCUGCCUACCCUGUGGCACCCACCCGGGAGCCAGUGGUGUCCCGCAACAAGAGCUUUCUCCGUGCCCCUGUGCAGAGGCCUCCUCAUGAGGUGGCCCGCAGAGAGAGCCACCGCAUGUCAGCACCUCCAUACCUGCCUCGCAGCCAGGGAGACUUGUCUCACGAGUACGGAGGCUCCUCACAGUCCUUCCUCACAGACGUGAGCCCCAUGUCUGAGAAUGGAGAUGCCGCCAGGUAUUACUACCCCUCUGAACCUUAUUAUGACAACCAGCAGCACCAACAGCAGCAGCAUCAGCAACGCCAGCCCAGGAGGGUCCCGGACCGCUUUCCUGAGGACUAUAGAUACUAUGAUCACAAUGAACACAACUUCCAAAGACUUCCACAACAACACACUCCUCCAGCUCAAAGCAGACCUCCUUCAGGCAUAGGUCGAAUACAGGCCAAGUCCCUUGGGAACCUCUCCAGUCUCGGGGAGGACCUCCCCCUUCCGGGCGGCUGGACCGUUGACUGGACCAUCCGUGGCAGGAAGUACUACAUUGACCACAACACAAACACUACGCACUGGAGCCACCCUCUGGAGAGGGAGGGGCUCCCUCCAGGCUGGGAAAAGGUGGAGUCGGCUGAGUUUGGGGUCUACUAUGUGGAUCACAUCAACAAGAGGGCACAGUAUCGACACCCCUGUGCUCCGAGUGUACCUCGCUAUGAUCAGCCUCCACCAUUACCGCCUCCUGUGACCUAUCAGCCACGCCCUGCAGAGAGAAACCAGCCGGUGCUGGUGCCAGCUAACCCGUACCACACAGCAGAGAUCCCAGACUGGCUGCAGGUGUACGCCCGUGCCCCACUCAAGUAUGACCACAUCUUGAAGUGGGAGUUGUUCCAGCUGGCCGACUUGGACACGUAUCAGGGAAUGCUGAAGCUGCUCUUCAUGAAGGAGCUGGAACACAUCGUCAAAUCCUACGAGGCGUACCGGCAGGCGCUGCUGUCUGAGGUGGAGGCUCGCAAACAGCGGCAGCAGUGGUACGCCCAGCAGCCCAACAAGAACUUCAUUGGGAACAUGUGAUGUGUGUGUGCAGCGGGGACGUCUCGCUGCCACACCUCUCUGAGGUUUCCACAGUUUGGGAGCGGUCCGGGUUUCUUUUGAAAUCACGAUUGACUCUUAAUUGCCUCUUUACCAAACACAUCUGUGCCUUCGCUUGAUCCAAAUAUAUCAGCCAGGAAGUCAAGACACGCAUUGGCUGGGGCCCUGUCCCCUCCACGUGACACUCAAUUUAUGAAUGGCCUUGUGACUGAAAAAAAAAAACACUCCCAUCAGCCUUCGCCCUGACAAUGGAAAUGCUGUAUGGAUUUCUGUUUUUAAAACUGAGGCAAACAGAGUCUGAAAAACUAUGGCUCUUUGUUCAAAAACAUGAGAUUGUGCCUUUUUAUUAAAAUAAAACGCAGCAGUCUUUAUACACCAGCUACUCCGUCAUUUUUUUCCAUGGGAGAAAAUGGCAGGCAGCUUCUUCUAAUUUGUUUCCAUAUGAAAUACUUCAUAACUGUUUUUUUUCCCUUUGCUGUGAUACCCUCUUAAACUAAAACCACACUCUUUUACAUUAAACAAAAAGUGUGCAUCUCUUUCUUUUUUUGUGACAUAUCCUUUAUAAGACAAUCCAGCAAAACUAACAGAUAUUUAAGUUUUGCUAUGAAACACGUCUUUAUUUAAAGACCUUUUGUUGGAUGAAAGCAUCACAUUUUGAUGCAGUGGUUUGAGCAUCUCUUGGCUCUAGGCAUUACUGUAAGUCAGGAAUAUUCUCGUGUGUGUAUAAUGAAACCAAUAAGCUACUGGAACUUUAUAAAACACUUCAGAAGACUCAUUAAAUUUGCCAAACAAGUACAUUUCAACGGGUCCUUGUUUCGUUCUUUCUGGAUGUUUCUUGCCUCGGUAAUGCCUUAUCGUUACGGACUGACACGUCUCAUCUGCCGAAGGAGUGCAGUUUCUUGGAGGCGUAUUCUAUUGAUCACUAAUCAAUCCGCUUAAGCCAUUUUAGGAUACUCAGAAAUGUUUUGGGCCGGAAGUUUUGUCUUGUAAAGACAGGUGCUAGCUUCCAAUCAAUUCUCUCACUAAGGUGAAAAAGACAUGCUUUAUGACAUACUUUAAAAAUGUCCAACGAAAGCUAUUUUCCCAGUGAAAUAACAGAAAGUGUUUAACAGGACCUGUUUAUGUGAGUGACUAUGCAUUCAACAUUUCUGAAUGUCCUAAAAGGAUUUCUGAUUAGGUAACAGUGGCUUAGGUUUGUAAAUAACCUUCUCUUCAAUGCAUCCUUUACUAUGCAAUAAAGUCUCAAUCACAUGUUUUAAGGAUGGUGUUUGUACAUAUCUGAUUUUGUGGAUUCCAAAUACAGGACAUGUGUAAUAAAGUCUACAGUGAAG